AUGGCUACAGCCUCAGGCCCAAAGGCUGUCAGGCCAGCCGGUGCCACUGUCUCCGCACCAGCUCGGCAUACUCCCACUCAGAAGGUGACUCCUGUCCCGGUGCCAAAGCCGGGAUCCGUACCGUCUCUUCCCCCGUCUGCGAAUCAGGCUGUGGCUGUCGAGAAAGCCUCCAAUGCCGCCAGUAACUCGGCAACUGCCACCGCCGUCCAAGGCGGCUUCGGCCUUCUUACCCCGGCCGAGUCAAACCUCCAGGACGCCACGAACGGCCCCCACCGAGAUGGUCGGAUUCGGAACCCUGUCCCAAGCAAGCUCAAAGGAAAAACCGAUGGAUCCAAGGGCAACUUCAGCGUUAUGCACAUGGGGGUAGCUGGGAGGGCCGAGCCAACAGAACGAGAUGCUCAAGCAAAGCGUACGAGCGAGAGCACGGAGCUGGCCGCCAAACGAGCUUUCGAGAACGGCUAUGUUUCUCAUAGGAGAAGCAAGUUUGUUCAAUUAUCGGAUGAUACGGUUGCGAAGCCUUUCGUCCCAGCCACCACAACCGCGCAGGUGCCUAGCUACAUGUCGGCCCGUCAAACUCCCCUAAAUGCCGACGAGACCAAAUCAGAACAAGCUCGGCUUUUAACACUCCUCCGAAGCCUUCAACCGCUCCUUGUGGUUGAUCAGAUUUGCAAGGCUCUUGCUUUCUUCGGAGGCAUACCUGGUGCUCCACCGCCCGCGAACGGUGAGUUUCCCCAAAGCGCCGAGGCGAAUGGUUCGGGAAGCUUGUUUGUCGGCUGGAUAGCCGAGAUCUUUCCCAAACUCGGAGGUAACAAUGGGCAGCAAAAUAUGGCCCCUGUUCGCCAAAUGGAUGGACCUGAACCUGUUCGGCGGAAACGGGGAAGACCAAAAGGAAGCAAGGCCACCAAGGUGCGUAAGGACAAAGGCUUGAAAAAGGGCCCUAGCAAGGACACCCCAGACCGGACACAGAGAGAGGCCGAUGCUGAUGGGAAUUGGGUCGACGUCGAGUACGGCGAUACAAGCGCUCCUGACGCGGUGGAUGCUAAUGUUAUGCUGCUUGCCCAAGCCGCAAGCCCUCACCGUGAACCAGCCCAUGUUGAAGCUCCAGGGAUCACGCAGCCAGAUGCGGCUACCAGCCACGUAACAGCGACUAUUCCAGCGCGUACCAUGCAGCAUCAUGGACCCGGCACCGAGGGUCUUGUCACCGAGAGCCCGGGGAACAUGAAGAAAAGAGGCCGGCCUAAGGGGUCAAGAAAUCGCCCAAAGAUGUCCGAUGCGUCCGUUCUUCCAAGACAGUCAGUCCAGCCAGCGGACAAUUCCUACGCUUCUGCUCAGUUGUCGCAGGCAACUGAAGGUUCCCAGCCCCAAUCGACCAAUGCUUCAUUUACUGCCGUGAAUUCCGUAGCUUCUGCCAACUCGGCCAAGAAAAAGGCAUCGCGACCAAAAGCUUCCGCCACCAAGAAGCAGGUGGACGGUCCCGUAGGAACGGACAGUUCAGGGCCAACGCUACAGACCACGGUACCAUCUGCUGCUAAACAACAACAGACAGUGGAACUGAAUGGCAACCCAACCCAAAAACAAGUUCAGCAGAACGUUCACUCUGAUCAAGGAUUACAGGUUAUACCAGUUGGUACGGUCCCAGCUCCAACAACAAAAGACUCUGCUCGGGUGCCUGCCAGUGUGGGUCAGAAGCGAAAACGGAAAAUUGCAAAAGAUUUUGGUGCCAUUGACAGCAUCAACGGGACCGGUUCGACAACUCCAUCCUCCACCGCGGUUACGUUGCCAACACCAUCCACUCAGCCGGGUUUUCAAUCCGCCACUGCAAUCGCGGCAGUGGGAAUCCCCCCUGCGAAACGCCAACGAAAGAGCAAGGAGUCGAGACCUAAAGGGAAGAAGUCGAAUGAUAUGACAAUCCCAGAUUCAUCCGAGCCAGCGGCCUCCUCCAAGAUGAAAGCUGCCGCUUCCGCGCCAGUGCCCAGUCUAAAUCAAGCGCCUGCGACCACCCCCGCUACAUUUCAUAUGGCGCAUGGAAUAGGGUCAGAAGUGACUCCUGUGUCGUCGUCAGUGUCCCUCGAACAAGUUAUGCCGUUAGCUCAAUCGCCGCAAGGUCACUUCGACGUUCAGUCUCCGACGAUGGAGAAUUACGAGGCUCAGCUACAGGCGCAACUGGAGCUGAAGAGCGAUGCUGAGUCGCAACAUCAUAGCCUUGCUCCAAGACCCAUAGUAACCAAUCAUCUUCAACAGCAACAGUCACAACAAAGACAACAAAGGCAGCAGCCGACCCAACAACAAACACGGCAGCCGUCACAGACGCAUACGCAACUCCCUUGCCACACUCACAGCCUCACCCUCAACCUGAAUCAUCAGUACAGCAACCCCAGCCACAGCGACCGCAAUCAAUUUCACAGCAACCAUCGCAGCAUCACACCUCUGUUUCACAGCCAACAGCAGAAUAAGGCAAAUCAUCAUUAUACCCAGUACCGCCCCUCAACAUCGCCAUACAGUCAAGGCCAACACCAGCAUAACUACUCAUCCCCUCAGCAGCAGUCUCAAAACUUUACUGGACAACAACAAGCCCAGGCAACGCCACAGCCUACCCCAGCGCAACAGUAUUCAAACACUCAUCAGUUACCGCCAUACGGUUCUGGUCAACAGUCGUACCAAAAUAGCCAUAGCCACUACAACGGAACUCAGCAGUCAGUGGCUUCACAGCAGCGCUAUCAGCAACACCUGGCCACAGGGUCAGUCGUCAGCGCCAUCUGCGGCUUCGACGUACCGAACUAG